AUGGCGCGGGCCCCCGUGGCGCCGCCGCCAGCGCGGCCGCGGCGGGGGCUCCUCGCGCUCCUCCUCGGCGUGGCGCGGGCUGCGGACCUGGCGCCGCGGCCCAGCCAACGGAGCCUGGCGGUGGAUGCCGACGCCUCGGUGCGACCGGUCGCAGCGCCAGCGGGCGAGCGCGCCGGCGGGUUGGCGGACGCCGGGCGGCCGGCCAGGCAGAUGCGCCGGGAGCUUCCCGAUGCGCCGCGUGGGUCGGAGGCACCAGGGACUGGCAUGCGCCUCGCGUUCGUGACGGACUGCAGCUCCCACCAGAGGUGGAUGGCGAUGCUGCUGCUGCACAGCGCCGGCCGCGUGGGCCAGGGCGACCCCAUCACCUGGCUGCGGUGGGGCUGCGAACCCGACAGGACGCGGUCGCGAGAGGACGAGGUGCGGCUGCUGCGGCGGGUGUACCCUGCCGCCAGCCUGCUGGACGUCGGCGGGCGUGGCGCGCUCGCGCCGCUCGACGACAGCGCCGCGGCCGUGCUCCGGCGGGACAUCACAUGGAUCAAGCCCUUCGCGUUCCAGGCUUUCCUGGCGAGCCCCGAGAUCCCGAACGGCACGGCGGUGGCGAUGCUGGACGCCGACUUCAUAUUCCUGUCCAGGCUCCGCGUCGACGACCUGGCCGAACGGAGCAUCAGGACGGUGGGCGAGGACUCCGCGGAGGGGCCCGCACGGGUGGAGGGCCUCCGCGGCGUGGUGCAGCACUACGCGUGCUGCCGCAACGCCGGCGCCCCGUACAUCUUCACUGCCGGCGCCUGGCGCGCGCUGCUCCCGGCGUACGCGUCGCUGGCGGGCCGUGCCACCGGGAGCUGGGGCGAGGAGCAGGAGGCGUUCGCGACCGCGGCCGCCGGCGCGGGGGUGGGCUUCAGCGUGUUUGACCACUUCAUGGUCUCCGACCUGGACGCGAAGGAGGCGGAGGGCUGGCGCUGGGUCGAAGAGUGCCUCGGGGCCGCCGAGGCCAGCGGCAGCAGUUGCGGCCCUGCGGGGCCGCGGGCAGCCGGCGUCGGGGCGCCCGCGCCGCGCCUGCCGACCUUCCUCCACAUGGUGCGCCCGGUGAACCCCGAGGGCGGCAAGGCGACCUGGCAGUUCAGCAAGUACCAGGUCCCGCCUGGCUGGGGGCGCCCGGAGGGCGAGGGCAUCCUGGACUGCGACAUGCCCCUGUUGGCCGAGCCCCCCGCGGGGCCGGCAGGCAAGACCUCCCACGGCAAGGACCGUCUGGCCUCGUGGAUGCUCCGGAGCAUCGUGGCUGGCGUGAACGGCAUGCUCGCCGACGUUAAGCGCCUGAAGUGCCCCAAGGGCCACAACCGGGCGAAGGCCUUGAAGAUCGAGGCGGACUGGCGCAACUCGCUCCUGUCCGACCCAGCGGCCGCGGCGCCCGGCGCGGGCGCCGACCCCGACUUCGUUGCACGGUGCGCCCUCGCCCUGAACUGCAGCCGCGGCCAGGUGUCGCUCAAGCGGGCCAAGGACGGCGCCGCGGCGUUGCACCCGUGCAACGAAGCACUGAAGAGCCACAGCGACCUGAGCCACCUGCCCCUGCUGCAUGAACCGGCCAUCCUGCAGGCGCUGCAGCUGCGCUUCAGCGAGGGCGUGGUGUACACCCUGACGGGCCCGGUGCUCCUGGCUGUGAACCCGUUCCGGGAGAUGCCGAGCCUCUACGGCGCGGAGCAGCUCGCCCACUUCGCCGAGCCCCCCGCCGACGAGGAAGCCGCCACUCCCCACAUCUACGGGGUCGCUCGCGCCGCCUACUACGGCGUCUGGCACCGCGGGGCCCACCAGACGGUGCUCGUCUCGGGGGAGAGCGGCGCCGGCAAGACCGAGACCACGAAGUUCGUGAUGCGGUUCCUUGCGCUGGCUGGCGGUGGUGGGGCGGAGUCGUCAAUGUCGGACGUGGAGCGGCAGGUCCUUCAGUCGAUCCCGGUGCUGGAGGCGUUCGACGAUCUCAAGAAGGUCUCGCAGGAGACCAGCAUCUCGGACGACCUCCAGGCCUACCUGCUGCUGAAGUUCAGCGGGCUCGACAAGUCGGACCACGCCAGCAUCGUCAGCAGCGCGGGCAACAAGUACGACAAGGAGGCGUUCGCCAAGGCGCUGCGCAUGCAGCACUCGGGCAGGGCCAUCUACUCGCGCAUGACCCCUGCGAAGACGAAGCCAGCCGAGAGAGUCUUCAAGGUGUACCAGAGCAUCCCUAAGUCCAAGGAGCUGGCGCCAGAGCUGAUGACCAAGCGCGCGAUGGAGAUGAAGGUCUACAUCGCCAAGGACGGGCUCGGCGGCGGCUUCGACAUGGUGGAGUACCUGGAGGCGGAGAUCGCGAUCCCGACCGCGGAGUCCAUCUUCGUGGACCGCGGCAAGGAGUUCGCUAAGGAGUUCCUGGCCCACAUGCAUGAGAACGGCGUGGAGAUCCAGAAUGCGGCCCUGGAGGCGCACGAGCAGCUCGGCAGGAUCGAGAGGCUAGGCCUCGAGGACGGAGAGCUGACACGGCGAGCUCACCACUACAAGGGCGCGACGCAUCUCAAGAUGAUCCGCGACCUGGAGAGGAUCUCACUCCCGGAGUUCCAGAGCACCAGCCUGCAGCUGAGCUACCUGAGCCAGUACUACGUCAGGGACACGACCCAGCAACAGCCGGGCUUGAUCCAGGAUCUGGCGAGGCUGGAGAAGGAGAUCAACCCGACGGACCUGACCAAGGCCGAGCGGAAGGAGUUCGACGCGAGCACGGCCAAGGUUCAGAAAACGUUGCGGGCCAGCCGCUCCAAAGCUCAGCUGGCGAAGCUGGACAAGGCGCUAUCCGAUUCUCGCGGCGUGCAGGAUCUUACCGCAAUUCUGGGCAAGCGGGAGAAGACGCACUUCAUCGAGAUGAGAGACGCAGACCUCGCAACCCAUUACGAGACAGACAACGCCGCCUCGAUCGAACCGUUCACAGCCGCGGAAUUGGACGAAAACCUCAGACAGAUGAAGCAAGGAGACGUCGCCAGGAUGGUGACUGACGUGGCGGCGGAGGCCAGGAAGUACGGUCUAAAUGUGCACUUUGGGAAGACUUUCGUGCUAACGAACUCGCCUUCCAGACCGCGGCAUUUUAAAUGUGGAGAUCAAGUCGCGCGCGUGCUUCAGCGCGGCGAAUCUGAGAAAUACCUGGGCCGGAAGCUGUCGCUGGACGAGUUCCACAGCACAGAGUUUGACAGUCGAAUCGGGGGCGUUUGGGGGCGCAGCCACGAAACCUGGGUAGACUACGUGCAGCGCGCCACGCAUACCAGCACAAACCUCGCCAAGCAACGCGGCAUCCAAGAUUGGGCUUCAAGCUUCUGGAAGCAAAAGUGGUCCCUGCCGGGCAUGCUACCCACAGCGAAAGAUGGGCGCUGGGCAGUCCAGCUGGUGGAUUGGAAGCCUUGUUUCAGGGUUGACGCCAAGAGGAGCGUCGGCGGCCAGCGCAAACGCUGGGCAGAUGUCUAA